UUGGGACAUGUACUCUUUGGCAUCUUUACCAACAAUACAGACAGCGGGAUCAAGUACACCCUCAGCAAGUUUGCAGAUGACACCAAAGGGAGCUGGACCUGGACAAGCUUAGGAAAUGGACCUGAAUGAACUGAAUGAGGUUCAGCAAGACCAACUGCAAGGUGCUGCACCUGGGUCAGGGAAAUCCACAACAUGAACAGACUGGGAGAAGAACUCAUGGAGAACUUCUCUUGCAUAGAUGGACUUGGGGGUUCUGGUGAAUGAAGACUGAUAGAAACCAGCAGUGUCAGGAAGCAGAGAAGCCAACUGUGUCCUGGACUGCAUCAAAAGAGACAUGGCCAGGAGGAUGAGGGAAGUGAUUACCCUGUUCUGCUCUGCCCUUGUGAGGCUCCAUCUGGAGAACUACACCCAGAUCUGGGGCCUCCAGCACAAGAAAGAAAAAGUAGUUGUUAGAGUAGAUCCACAGGAGGGCCACAGAGACGAUCAGAGGGCUGGAGUACCUUUCGUACAAAGAAUGGCUGAGACAGUUGGAGCUGUUCAGCCUGGAGAAGAGAAGGCUUCAAAGAGGUCACACUGCAGCCUUACAGUACUUAAAGGAAGCUUACCAAAAAACGCACAACUUUUUAAAUGUUCUGAUAGUGAAAGGGGAAUGGUUUUAAACUAAGAGAAGAGAAUUCAGGUUAGAUAUUAGGAGGAAAUUCUUUACUCGGAGUGUGAUGUAGCACUGGAGUGCUUGCAACUUGCUGUACCACUUUCUUCCAGAAGAUGUCAAGGUGGUUGAAAUCUCCUACCAGGAUCAGAGCCCACGGGCAUGAUGCUUCCUGUGGGUGAAGACAGCACUCUUCAUCAACAUCCUCCCCUUGUAGCAAACAUCAACCAUGAAAUUUCCUUUAUUGAAUUGACUAGCCAAUGCUUAUCUCAAAGGGACUAUGAAUAUUUCUGUUUUCCAGAGCAGAAGUCUUUUCGUGAAGAGCAGAUGAUGGAAGAACCAACAGCUCUUAACACCAGUUGGGACUGGACAAUUUCACCACUGCCAACAAAACUGUGUAACAUCUCCAGUAUCAGGGUAGUAGUGGCACUCCAGAAAGCAAAUGGGUCCUGGGCCCUCACCUCAGCCCUGAUCUCUGCCUUGGGGCUCAGGAAGACUGCUGUUGAGGGACGAAGUCUCAGUGAGGAUGUGAAGCCAGUUGUCUGGGCCACAGUUUUGGCCUUAGUGUGGCUGCACCAGUAUAAAUGGAGGGUAUCCUGGUCAGAACUUCUGGAGGCCAAAGCUUGUAGGUGGCUGUGGGACAGAGCUGAGUUCCACCCGGAUGAAUGUCUGGAAGCAGCAAAUUCCCUCUUAGGCUGUUUUGUAGAGCCCACCAUCUUCAGGAUCUGAACUUCCCCGUGCUUCAGGGGGUGGGCAAGGGAUACAGCGGGACGACUGAUGAAGGGAAGGGGAAAGGAAGGGUGGAGGGGGUUGAGGGUGAAGAACUUGGGCAAGCUGGGGAUGGGGUCAGGGGAUGUUGUCUUUCAAGGUAAAAGCUGCUUCGAAGUUGACUAGAUGUUUACUUGUGGAAGAUGGUGAUCAUCUUUACAUCAGAAGUUAUUGCCUACACAUAAUUUGUAGGUUUUUUUGUUUCUCUUUCCUCACUUAUUAAACUGUCCUUAUCUCAACAUGAGA